AUGUCUACUGUUUUGAAAACCUGUACUGCUACUGCUACUUUGAAUACUGGAUCCAAGAUCCCACUUCUGGGUCUAGGAACUUGGCGUUCGACCAAGGACAAAGGAUAUGCUGCUGUUCGGAAAGCUCUUGAUGCUGGUUACCGCCAUAUCGAUUCUGCAGCGGUAUGCAUGAACGAGCAGGUUAUUGGCAAAGCGAUUCGAGAUUCUGGGAUUCCAAGAAAUGAGGUGUUCGUCACUGCCAAAUUGUGGAGUACUCAGCAUCGCCAGCCGGGGAAAGCACUUGAACAAUCAUUGGACAGACUGGGACUUGACUACGUGGAUUUGUACAUUAUGCAUUGGCCUCUAGCGUUCAAGACUGACCGUCUCAGCUCAAAAAACUAUAUGGUUAUCCCAACCAAUGCCGAAAAAAAGCCUGACGUGGACACUGAUUGGAAUCAUGUAAAAACCUGGGAAUUGAUGCAGUAUUUGCCUAAAAGAGGUGGUACAAAAGCGAUUGGAGUUUCUAAUUGUUCCAUUAGGCAUCUAAAGGAAAUUUUAGACUCACAGGGCAAUAAAAUUGUUCCAGCUAUCAAUCAAAUCGAAGCACACCCUUUUCUUCCACAAGACGAUAUGCUUGAUUUUUGUCACGAUAAAGGCAUAAUUAUGGAAGCGUACUCACCUUUGGGCUCCGAUGGAGCUCCUUUUCUAAAAGAGCCAGUCGUUAGAGAAAUCGCGAAACGCUACCAUGUGGACACCGCCCAGCUACUUAUUAGCUGGGGCUUACAAAGAGGAUACGUGGUUUUACCGAAAUCCACUAACUUGGAAAGAAUCGUGUCCAACUCGCAAACCUUCGAACUUGCAAAGGAAGACUUUAUAAGACUUCACGAACUUGCCCAAGAGAGAGGAACAAAGAGAGUUCAUAGUCCACCGUGGUUUUUUUUUGAAUGA